AUGUCGUACGGACAGUAUAACAACAACCCUUAUGCUCAGGGCCCCCAGCAGGAGGGCGGCUACGGCUACCCCGAUAACAACCAGCAAUAUGGCCAGGGCCAAUAUGAGAUGCAGCCAUACGGGGAGGAGCCAAACCAGUUCGCCAACCAGCCGCCCCCACCGACAACUCUGAGCCAGCAUGAGUUCCUCCAGCGCGUGACGUAUCUGCGGUCGGAAAUCCAGGGUCUCACCUCCGACAUCGAGGGCAUCGCCCAGCUGCACCAGCGCUCUCUUGCGUCCGCCGAUGCAAAUGCCAGCCACCAGCUCGAACAGGCUGUCUCGGCGACACAACUCCGCAACACGGCGGUCAAGGACGGCAUCAAGGCUCUUGAGAAGGACCUCGCAAAGACUCAGGACAACUCGCGCACCACCAAGAGCGCCCAUCUCAACUCUCUCCGUAACACUUUUAAAGCCGAGCUCGAAAAGUAUCAGCGCAUUGAGAGCGAUUACCAGAAGCGCUACCGCGACCAGAUCGCCCGCCAGUACCGCAUCGUCAACCCGGAAGCGACGGAAGACGAAGUCAGGCAGGCAACAGAGGCCGACUGGGGCGACGAAGGUGUUUUCCAGACUGCGCUCAAAUCCAACCGUACAGGCCAGGCCAACUCAGUGCUGGGUAAUGUCAGAGCCCGCCACAACGAGCUGCAGCGCAUUGAGAAGACUCUCAUUGAGCUGGCCACGCUCUACCAGGAGAUGGCUACGCUUGUCGAGUCACAGGAGCCUGUCGUUGAUGCCGCGGAGCAGAACGCCCAACAGACCGUUGACAACAUCGCGAAGGGUAACGAGGAGGUGGCUGUUGCCAACAAGCACGCCCGCAACCGCCGCAAGCUCAAGUGGUGGUGCCUUCUCAUUGCCGUCAUCAUCAUUGCCCUUGCUGUUGGUUUGGGUGCUGGUCUUUACUGCGCCAACAACAAGUGCGGCAACUAA